AUGGAAAACGUUACACUCAAACACAAUUCAUAUCUACCAUGCAACGAAAGUGUGGACUUCUAUUCUCUCAGUUCAACGAACCGAAGCGAGUUGAACUGCGUGCCUCCGGAGGACUUCUUCUUUUACGCAGAUUUCUAUGUGGUGGUGCCCAUAGUUUACUCGGCCAUCUGCGCUGUGGGACUAACUGGGAACACGGCAGUCAUCUAUGUAAUCCUAAAGGCACCCAAAAUGAAAACUGUUACCAAUAUGUUCAUCCUGAACCUGGCCAUUGCAGAUGAGCUAUUCACGCUUGUGUUGCCACUCAACAUAGCUGAACAUCUUUUGCGCUGCUGGCCUUUUGGCGAAGUGCUCUGUAAGGUGAUAUUGAGUAUUGACCAUUACAACAUCUUCUCCAGUAUUUAUUUUCUGACCGUGAUGAGUAUCGACCGCUACAUGGUGGUCCACGCUACUGUUAAAUCUAAACGAAUGCCAUAUCGCACAUACAGAGCAGCCAAGAUAAUCAGUCUCUGUGUGUGGGUUUUGGUUAUUCUUAUAGUUAUGCCUUUUACCGUGUUUGCAGGCGUCUACGAUGACUACAAUAGGAAAAACUGCCUGUUGAGUUUUCCUAGUCCCGAGCACUUGUGGUUCAAGGCAAGUCGGAUUUACACGCUCAUUCUAGGCUUCGCGAUUCCUGUAUCCACUAUUUGCAUCCUGUACACAAUGAUGCUCUACAGGCUCCGGAACAUGCGUUUGAACACGAACGCCAAAGCCCUAGACAAGGCAAAGAAAAAAGUGACAAUUAUGGUGUUUAUCGUGGUGGCCGUGUGCUUUUUCUGUUGGACACCUUUUCACCUGAGCACUAUAGUUGCCCUGACCACUGACCUGCGGACAACUCCACUCCUAAUUGGAAUCGAAUACUUCAUCACCAGUCUCAGUUACGCCAACUCCUGUCUAAAUCCAUUCUUGUAUGCGUUCCUGGAUGACAGCUUCAGAAAAGCGUUUAAGAAAAUGCUAGAAUGUAGACCGACUUGAAUGUAUCUUCUUCAACAGACGCAGUCACUAGAUAAAUCUGCAGAGUAAAUGCACAAUUCUAAACAAGCUGUUUUGGUUAAAUAAAUUCUAGACACAUUACAAGGCACAUCCGUGUCUUGUCCAAAGCGUUUUAAGUGCUAUCAUUUCAUGAUGUGGGAAUUUGUCUCCCUCUUGUGACGCAUAAGGACACACGAACUCCAGGAGCCAACAACAUGAUGGACAGACAACCCUCAGUCCACACUGGAGAACGGAGAUACUGUACAUAACAUUCAUGGCGCUUUAAAUGUAAGGUCUUUGUGAGACAUGCCUUUGUUUACAUUGAUGUAAAAAUAUUGUACAUGCCAAUGUAUGCAAUUUCAUACUUUUUUCGUAAUUUGGGGGUUUCCAAAGUCAGCGAUGACUGAACGAAUAAUGAAGGAAAUGUACAUUUUGUAGCCUUACGAGAAUGCGACUUGCGCGAGGCUUUAAUAAUCAAAUCGAGCUUCUCUAAAUAGUCUUACAUACUUGAAUCAGGAAAAUAUUCACACAGCUGGAAAUGAAUCCAAUUUGUUCGAGAGGUCAUACACU